CCAAUUUUUGCUCUUUUUUCAAACUUUUGAUAUGAAAUCCUUCGAAAAAGAGAACGUUUUUUAUGUCAUUUUGAAGCCUUGCACUUGGAAAACAGAUUGAUAGUCGACUUUUUAGUCGGGAAAAAAGCUCAAGAAUAGUUCCAUGAUAUUUAUAAACUUUUGAAAAAGUUCUGUUUACUUUUCUUUGAAAAGUUUGUCUUUGUUUUUCACUGAUUGUUCGAGUGUGAAGGCGGAGAUCAUCGUCAGAAUCUUAUUUUUUUGUUUUUUAGUCUUCAACGUUAAACAAAUAAGUCCUUUAAAGGAUUACAGAAGGUUACUGAAUUAUUCUCAACUCUUUUUUCUCGAAUAAAACAAAGCGGCUAUCAGCUGUGUUUUCUAACUUUUCACAGUGAAAUUCUUCAAAAUGAUGUUGAAAAAGUUCUCCGUCAAGCCAAUAAAAGAACCUAAAUUGCGUAGAAUAGACUUUGUUAUGGGCGUUAAAGUUCAAAAGAUUUGACGAUCAAAAGGUUUGUGGGAUCAGAUCUUUUGGCUUCAAGGGACUUGAUUUCAUCAAAAGUAUUGAAGUCAAGGCCUUGAAUUAUCGAUUCUUUGGAAUUGAAACCAUGCCUAAGAGUAACUACCUCCAAGAAACAAGAAUCGAACCACUGUCAUUCUACUUCUCUUUCUCUGUUUUCUCUGACUUUCCUCGGAAAAAAAUGCUAAAGGGUUGAGCUAUAUCUAUCGGUUGAUCAAAACAUCUUAGGCGAAAGGAUCUACGGUUGAAUAAGAGAACAGAUUUUGGGAAACCAGAGAUUGAGGUUCGAUACUUCUGACGAGGAAGGAUUGAUUUCUUGACAGCAGCUUCAUCCUCAUUUGAAAUUACAGACGAAUUCUCUCUCGUUUUUUAGGAAAAUCUGUUAUUGGCGUAGCAUUUCAAAAUUAUUCCGGACUUCAAUCUGUUGGCUAUAUCAUUCCAAUACCUGUUAUUGAACAUUUUCUCGAAGAUAUUAAAAGAAAUGGACAUUAUACUGGUUUUCCAACGAUGCUAUGUGAAUUUCAAGUUAUGGAACAUAAAGCUUUACGUGAUUAUUUAAAAAUACCAAAAGAUCAACACGGUGUACAUAUUACUGAUAUUGAUCCAGCUUCUUCACUAAUUGGAGGAGAAGGAGGAGGUCUGCAAGUUAAUGAUGUUAUAACAGCUAUUGAUGAUGUUUCAAUUCAAGAUGAUGGUACAAUUGAGUGGAGAAAAGCUGAACGUUUAACAGCUAAUUAUUUAACAUCAAAUAAAUUUAUUGGAGAUGAAGUUACAUUUACAUUGAUUCGAGAUGAACUCCGCGUCAACUGUACCUUAAACGACGGUCACACCACUUUAAUGCCAUUUCAUCUGCACGAUCAACAACCUGAAUAUUUGAUUUACGGUGGUAUUGUCUUUACUACUCUGUCACUGCCGUAUUUGAAUGAAUUCAAUGAAUAUCAACCGUCUGUUGCAAUUCCAAUUCAUUUACAUAAUAUGUAUUCAUUUCAUAAUCGUCUGGAAUUUAUUGGACAACAAAUUGUUAUUAUAAGUCGAAUUCUGGUUGACAAUGUCAAUAUGGGUUUAGAUUCAUCUGAUUAUAUUAAUUCAUUUGUAUUUCACGUAAAUGAUAUUAAAAUACAAAAUUUAAAGCAUUUAGCAAAUGAAAUCGACAAAGUUAAAGAUAAAAAUAAUCAAUAUAUUAAAUUUGGUUUAAAAUUUAAAAAAUUUAUUGUUAUAUCGACUGAUGAAGCACGUAAUACAGAACAGCGUAUACUUAAACAGAAUUCAAUUGCACUUAGUAGAAGUGAAAACUUAAUUGUUUAA